UUCACCUGGGUUUAGACCGUCAAUUUCACUACUCACAGGUCUGUGUCAAAAUUAGUUAAAAGUUUCCAAUAUUCCUUCCAAAAGCAACUAAAAUGAACAUUAGGUGUGCUACGCCUGAAGAUCUCAUGAAUAUGCAGCAUUGUAACCUGCUGUGCUUACCUGAAAAUUAUCAAAUGAAGUAUUAUUUCUACCACGGUCUAUCUUGGCCUCAGUUGUCAUAUGUUGCAGAGGAUGAGAAGGGGAAGAUUGUGGGAUAUGUACUGGCAAAAAUGGAAGAAGAGCCUGAUGAAGCUGUUCAUGGGCAUAUCACUUCCUUGGCAGUUAAACGCUCUCACAGAAGACUGGGUUUGGCCCAAAAACUCAUGGAACAGGCCUCCCGUGCUAUGGUUGAAUGUUUCAAUGCCCAGUACGUCUCACUUCAUGUAAGAAAAAGCAAUAGGGCAGCUCUUCAUCUUUAUAACAAGACACUGGGAUUCAGCAUCUCGGAGAUUGAGCCAAAAUAUUAUGCUGAUGGUGAAGAUGCUUAUGCCAUGAAGAGAGAUCUGACGGGUCUGAGGCUAGAGGUUUGUUUUCUGUCAUUUGUGCAUACAAGUUGUUGGAUACAGAUUUUAUAACACCUUCAUGACUUCCUUCCUCCAAGCGUCCUCAUGGACUUUUAGUGCUCUGUUUUAGCUU